CAGACGUAGAGACAGACAAGGCAGCGGCGUCGACACGGCAGUGUACGGUGACAGGGCGUUAUCUUACAUGAUUAAAACACUAAACGAAGUGGGAGACUCACGCAGAUCAAAGGAAACGCAUUUAAGAUACUCGUUCUGUCAUGGAGUCCUAUGACAUUUUAGCUAACCAGCCGGUUGUGAUUGAUAAUGGUUCAGGAGUCAUCAAGGCUGGUUUUGCAGGUGACCAGAUCCCUAAAUACUGCUUUCCUAACUAUGUUGGACGUCCCAAACAUGUGCGUGUGAUGGCUGGAGCCCUGGAGGGAGACCUCUUCAUUGGACCUAAAGCAGAGGAGCACAGAGGCUUGUUGUCAGUGCGCUACCCGAUGGAGCACGGGAUAGUGAAUGACUGGAACGACAUGGAGAGAAUCUGGCAGUAUGUUUACUCCAAGGAGCAGCUGCAGACCUUCUCUGAGGAGCAUCCUGUGCUGCUGACCGAGGCUCCCCUCAAUCCCAGCAAGAACAGAGAGAAGGCUGCAGAGAUUUUCUUUGAGACCUUCAAUGUUCCUGCUCUCUUCAUCUCCAUGCAGGCUGUGCUGAGCUUGUACGCUACAGGCCGCACCACAGGUGUUGUGUUGGAUUCUGGCGAUGGUGUAACCCACGUCGUGCCCAUCUACGAGGGCUUCGCCAUCCCUCACUCCAUCAUGCGUGUGGACAUUGCAGGCAGGGACAUCUCACGGUACCUCCGUCUGCUGCUGCGCAAGGAGGGCUACAACUUCAACACGUCUGCUGAGUUCGAGGUCGUUCGCACCAUCAAAGAGAGAGCCUGCUACCUGUCCCUCAACCCACAGAAGGACGAGACUUUAGAAACAGAGAAGGCUCAGUACGUCCUCCCAGACGGAAGCACUUUAAACAUUGGCCCUGCGAGGUUCCGUGCACCAGAACUGCUGUUCAGACCCGACCUGAUCGGAGAUGAGAGCUCGGGGAUCCACGAGGUCUUGGCCUACGCCAUCCAGAAGUCUGACCUGGACCUGCGACGCACACUCUUCUCCAACAUUGUGUUGUGUGGGGGGUCGACACUGACCAAAGGUUUUGGAGAAAGACUACUAACUGAAGUCAAGAAACUUGCACCCAAGGAUGUGAAGAUUAAGAUCUCUGCUCCACAAGAACGGCUGUACUCCACAUGGAUUGGCGGCUCCAUCUUGGCUUCACUGGACACCUUUAAGAAGAUGUGGGUGUCGAAGCGAGAAUAUGAAGAAGACAGAGCACGCGCCAUCCACAGGAAGACCUUCUAGGCGAGGGCGUUUGCCGUGCCAAUGCCAACCCCCCUUCUCCCCUCUCAGAACUGCUCUCACCCUUCCCCCCCCCAAACCACUGGAGAUCUCCCCCGUGGGUACCUGCGCAUCGUCUUUUAUCAACCCAGCUUCUAAACACUUGUGGGCCUACUCCAUAACUCCCCAAA